AUGGGUCUUUCGAAGCUCGUCGACAAAAUGAGAGCCCACUCUGUGGACUCAGUCAAUGCUGCUGAUCCUCCUGUCACUGCAGGUCAGCCACCUACCAAGAAGCAGAUCUACAGGGCCAGAUACAACUUUGGCCCGAACUUCGGUGCCUGUUUCGUGGGAGAAAAAUGGAUAUUCCACUCUCCGUUCCCCGAAGGUGCUAACACCGAGCUAGAGGCUGCCGAAAAGAAUAUCAAGGAGUUGGGCAAGGACGGUGCAAGAGAGAAGCUCGAGAACCAUUGGAAGUCAUACGUCAAUGAUGACGAUUGGCAGUGGCUUAAGGACAACGGAGUGACAGCUAUCAGGCUUCCAAUAGGAUACUGGAAUAUUGACGGCGGCAAGUACACUAAAGGCACUAAGUUUGAGAAGGUUGCAGAUAUCUACAAGAACUCUUGGGAAAUUGUCAAGAAAAACUUCAUUGAGCCUGCUGGUCGUUUUGAUAUCGGAGUGUUGAUUGAUGUUCAUGGUUUGCCCUAUGGUGCUAACGGAAACGAUCACAGUGGUGAGAGUGCCAAUGGGAAGGCUGAGUUUUGGGAGAAGAAGUCAGCACAAUCUUUGAUGAUCGAUGCACUCAAGUUUGUCGCUGGCGACGUUGCUCAAUAUGAGAAUAUUGCAGGAAUUCAGAUUGUGAAUGAAUCAGAAUUCUCGGAAACUGCCGGAAAGCAAAAGAAGUACUAUGCUGAGGCAAUCAAUGCUAUUCGGUCGGUCGACAAGUCUGUGCCUGUGGUGAUUUCCGACGGCUGGUGGCCCGACCAGUGGGCCAAAUGGGUACAGGAGAACCAGGACAUUGGAACAACUAUUGGUGUGGUUAUUGAUCACCAUGUGUACCGCUGUUUCGACGACAAGGACAAGUGCAAAAGCCCUGAGCAGAUUACGAACGACUUGGACGGUGAUCUUCUCACCAACAUCAAUGACGAUGGUAAUGGUGUCGAUUUCAUGGUUGGAGAAUGGUCAUGUGUUUUGGAUGGCCAGACAAUCAGUAAAGCCGGAUUGGAUCCCAAUGACUAUGGGAACCAAAAGAGAGCUGAGCUCACUGGCCAAUACGGAGCCAAGGUCGCAGAUCUCAUCUUCAAGCGCGCUGGAGGUGGCUGUUUCUUCUGGACUUACAAAUUCGAGUCUGGCAAUGGAGGUGAAUGGGACUUCCGCCAGCAAUUGCACCACAGUUUCAGCCCACCAGCUAUCACAGUGCCUGACGACAACAAGUUCCAGGAACUUCUCGACGGCAAUUUGAAGGCACACACUGACUACUGGAACCUGCAAAAUCCCAAGGAGAAGUACGAGCAUGAUCGCUACAAGGAAGGGUUCACUGCUGCCUGGAGAGACAGUGUGGAAUUUGCCAAACAGGGUUCUCUUCUUGGGCGCAGGCAAGCGGUGAAAUGUGCCCGUUUGAAAGAGCACAUUGACGCCAAGGGCAAGUCGAAGUUCCUCUGGGAGUGGGAGCAGGGCUAUGACAAGGCUAUCGAGGAGUUUAACAAGUUGUAA